GCGCAGCCAGCGGAGGGGAAGUGGCUCCAAGUCCAGACCUGGGAGCCGAGCCUCUGCUCUGCGCUGCGAGAGGCGCGGAGCGCAGGCUGUCCGGAGCGCCGGUUCAGUGGGACCAGUGAUCCCACCCCGGGACUCUCUCGUGGAGCCGAGCCCGGCCAAUGGGCGCAUGAGGUAGAAGAGCAGGGAAAUGGACUGCUAUUUACGCCGCCUGAAACAGGAGCUGCCACCCAGCACUGCUCUCUCCUGUUGCUCUUCAGCAAGAGACACCCUGGGAUCUGAUCACGUCCCACGCUCUGGGGAAGACAGCAGCCUGCCCUCUGGCCCUUUCUCCUUGGGUGACAUCACUCCCCUGGGGCUGCUGGGAGCGGCAGCUCGCCUCACAGUCAGGCCCCAGCGGAUGCUCUGACCUCCCCGACGCCCCCUGGCCUCCCUGUUUCCCAGCCUCGGCCUUCCUUCUUCCAUUCUCAGCCCCCUCACAGCUGCCUCUUGCUCUGCAGUGUCAGGGCUCCAUGGCCAGCUGACUGAAUCCGGCUGGACAGUGGGCAGGGGGGUGCUGAGGCUUCCCUUUCCUUCCCCUCUCCUUCCUCUGCGUGGGGCCACAGUGGGAGAAGGGACCGGACGAGACGUUUCUCCUUGAUCGGGCCAGUUAGAUGAACAGAAUUCUGUCACUACUUUGUGUUAAGGUUCACUGAGGAAGAAAUGUGCGGAAGUUCUUAGGAAGUCCUAAACUAAGAAAACAGCCACACAUAAACACACAUUACAUCAUGUCAUCUGUUCAAAGCUGGACCAGGAAGGAGCUCUUAUUCCUAUUUUAAAGAAUGCAGAAAUUAAAAGACACACUUUAAAUAGCCUGCCCAGAUUACACGGCAGAGCUGGGAUUUGAACCCUGUUCCAUCUGUCUCCAGUACCCAAGAUCUUAACCAGAACACCAUCAUUUUCCAUAGGGCUGUAACUUCAGCUCUUUUUAAUGGGCAGCCCUGAGUUCGUACAUUACCCACACAUUCAUUCUCACUGGAAAAAAAGGUACAAAAUAUCAGAGUUAUUUCUUAAGGAUUUUUCCAUACUGGAAGAAAUUGAAUGGGGUCAUUUCAUUCCUCCCACCGCCUCUGAUCUGGACUGUGUUCAGCCUUCUGGAAGGAAGCCUGUGAGCUCCAACUCCCUGCCUCUUGGUGAAAUGAAACCUUGAGAAGCGUCCCUGACUCUUUCUCCCUGGGUAGCGACUGAUCGUCUGAGGGCAGCAAGCAGUCUAGGAGGGGUGACUCGGGGUACUCCGCAUCCAUUUUAUGGAUAUGUAGCAAGUGCAGAGGUGCUGGCUGGGUUCUGGGGUAACACACUGAUGUGCAGACCUCAGUCUCUGCCCCCAAGAAGUAGAUGCUCAAUGAAUGUUUCAUGAAAGACGCAGCACUUAUACGCACAGAAGAGCUGGGGCAGUUCUGAGAGGGAUGUCCAUGAAGGAAGUGGGUGAUGGCUUGCAGGAUCAGAUGAACUGUAUGAUGGGGGCGCUGCAAGAACUGAAGCUCCUGCAGGUGCAGACGGCCCUGGAGCAGCUGGAGAUCUCUGGAGGGGGUCCUGCCCCGGGUUCUCCCGAAAGCCCCCGGACACAGCUCGAGCCCCCUCAGUGGGAGGGGUCUUGCUCCCCCUCCAACCAAGCUUCUCUUGGCAGCACCAGCAGCGCCAAGUUUCCGUCGCCUAGGAGUGUGUGUGGGAGGGAGCUGGCCACCCCGCCCAGGACACCGCUGCCAGAGCCCCAGACCUGUACCCAGCAGGGGCCAGAGCUGGCGGAACCCGAUGACUGGACCUCCACGUUGAUGUCCCGGGGCCGGAACCGACAGCCUCUGGUGUUAGGCGACAACGUUUUUGCGGACCUGGUGGGCAACUGGCUGGACUUGCCAGAACUGGAGAAGGGUGGCGAGAAGGGUGAGACAGGGGAGGCGGGAGAGCCCAGAGGAGGGAGGGGCCAGCCUCGGGAGCUGGGCCGCAGGUUCGCCCUGACAGCAAACAUCUUCAGGAAGUUCUUACGUAGCGUGAGGCCUGACCGCGACCGGCUGCUGAAGGAGAAGCCAGGCUGGGUGACACCCACGGCCUCUGAGCCCCGAGCUGGACGCUCCCAGAAGGUCAAGAAGCGGAACCAUUCCAAGGGGUCUGGACAUUGCCCCUUCCCAGCUGCCUCAGAGCCCAGAAGAGGGGAGAACACUUCCACCAGCUGCCCCAAGGCCCUGGAAUCCUCACCCUCGGGCUUUGAUAUUAACACAGCUGUUUGGGUCUGAAUCCCAGAGACAAAAAUGUGACUGAACCCAAAAGGGCCAGGCCCCAGUGCUGGGCCCCUGGGAAAGAGGCCAGGCGGGGUCCCUUCCCCCAAGAAAGGACGAUGAAGAAGCAAGAGGGCCUGGAGCACGGUUGACAGGCCUGUGGUUGGGAGAGGCUGUGGUAGGCCCUGGCUGGUGGGGGAGGGGAGAGUUCCUGGACAGAGAGAGAGUGUGUGUUGCUACCCGGCUGGAGGUAACAGCAGGGUGGGGCCUGAGGGAGGAGACCAGGAUAUCCAUCUGACAUUCCUUCACUGCCCCCAAAGACCUCAGUUGAACAUUCUGCAUGGAUCUGGCUGGCACUGGGGCCUCAGGAUCCCCAGAGAUGCCGCCAAUAAAGCCCUUGUUUCUCGUG